GUAGAUAGUGAUUUGGCUAAAGAAGAUAGAUCAGGGUGUGUGUGUAUUGUUGGGUUUUUCCAAUGCAAACGUCUCAGAAACAUCACAGUGCGGCUGGACUGCACAUGCUGUAUCCUCAAGUCUACUGUUCGCCUCAGUUUCAAGCGAAAGACAACAAAGACUUCUCUGAUAUCCCAUCCAAAGAAAACUUUUUUACUCUCGAAUCCUCCACUGCUUCUGGUAGUCUUACUUCGUAUGACUCUCCUUCUGUCAGCAUUACAUCUGGCCGGAGCCCGUUUUCUCCUCAGGUCUCUCAGUCAUGCAUCUCAGAUCUUCAUCCUUCCCCUGACAACGUCUAUGGAUCACCCUUGAGUGGGGUGUCAUCUUUUGCCUAUGAUGAAGCUGGGGUCAAGAGUAAGAUUCGAGAACUUGAGGUCUCGCUGCUGAGUGGUGAUACAAAAGUUGAAGAAUUCUCUGGUUUCAGCCCCGCUGUUGGAAAGUCGUGGAACUGGGAUGAACUCUUGGCUUUGACUCCGCAGUUGGACUUGAAAGAGGUGCUGGUGGAGGCCGCUCGGGCAGUCGCUGAUGGGGAUUUUGCUACAGCAUAUGGAUUCCUCGAUGUCUUGGAACAGAUGGUGUCGGUCUCAGGCAGUCCGAUCCAACGGCUAGGCACUUACAUGGCAGAAGGGCUUAGAGCGAGGCUUGAGGGGUCUGGGAGCAAUAUAUACAAAGCCUUGAAAUGCAAUGAGCCAACGGGAAGGGAACUGAUGUCUUACAUGAGUGUUCUCUAUGAAAUCUGCCCCUACUGGAAAUUCGCUUACACAACUGCAAAUGCUGCGAUCUUGGAAGCAAUAGCUGGGGAAACCAGAGUCCACAUUAUCGAUUUUCAGAUUGCGCAGGGAUCACAAUACAUGUUUUUGAUUCAGGAGCUUGCGAAACGCCCUGGUGGGCCGCCGUUUCUGCGUGUGACGGGUGUGGACGAUUCACAGUCCACCUAUGCUCGUGGGGGAGGGCUCAGCCUUGUAGGUGAGAGACUCACAAAGUUGGCGCAGUCAUGUGGUGUCCCGUUUGAGUUUCACGAUGCUGUCAUGUCUGGGUGCAAGGUGCAGCGGGAACACCUCGGGGUGGAACCUGGCUUUGCUGUUGUUGUGAACUUCCCGUAUGUAUUACACCACAUGCCUGACGAGAGCGUAAGUGUUGAAAAUCACAGAGACAGGCUGCUGCAUCUGAUCAAGAGCCUCUCCCCAAAACUCGUUACUCUAGUGGAGCAAGAAUCAAACACAAACACCUCGCCAUUCCUGUCACGGUUUGUGGAGACACUGGAUUACUACACAGCGAUGUUUGAGUCGAUAGAUGUAGCGCGGCCACGGGAUGAUAAGCAGAGGAUCAGCGCAGAGCAGCACUGCGUAGCAAGAGACAUAGUUAACAUGAUAGCAUGCGAGGAGUCAGAGAGAGUAGAGAGACACGAGGUGCUGGGGAAAUGGAGGGUAAGAAUGAUGAUGGCUGGGUUCACGGGCUGGCCAGUCAGCACAUCCGCAGCGUUUGCAGCGAGUGAGAUGCUGAAAGGUUAUGACAAAAACUACAAACUGGGAGGGAAUGAAGGAGCGCUAUAUCUCUUCUGGAAGAGACGACCUAUGGCUACAUGUUCCACGUGGAAGCCAAACCCAAACCCAAACCAGAUUGGGUAAAUUAUAGUGAUGAUGGUGACUUGAGUGGAUGAAGAGCACAACAAAAACACAUCUGUCGCUGUAAAUUUUUGAGGAUGUGCAAUGAUGUUUUAAGUUGUAACACAACCUAAGUUAUAUAUGUAUACAAACCAAACCUGGUGGUGGUUUUUUCUCUUGUAAAUUUUUCAUGUUGUUGUGGUUGGGUGCUACUAAUGAAAUAUAACCAAAACAUUGAU